AAACAGUUUUGUUGGACAGCAUUUUAAUUUUUUUAUACCCGCAAUCGCCGCCCAAAGUUUUUUCCCGCGGCGAGCUUCCUGUACACAUAAUUAUUGUAAGAGUAAGUCUGACACGACAACAUUAGGUGCAGGCGAUGAUUGUUGAUUGAGCCUGUUUCAGGAGCAAUUUUAUUCUGUCUGCUCGUACCGUAAGCUGCGGCUCAUCAAAUGAGCAACAGCAGCACCGCCCACUCGUCCACCGUUGCCAUCGCUUGCGCGAUGAAUCAAGGACCACAAGCACGACCAGCGCCGUUCGGAGGUGCAACGACGAUGGUGCAUCAAGAGCAAAGUUCACCAGGAAAACAAGCGUGCGGAAGGACGGGGGGCAAGGCCAAGAUCAACAUGCUUGCUACCGCGACAGCCAAAACUACGAGCGAAGACGAAGAGCUAGUAGCCGACAGCACAACGCGUGCAAAUAUGAAUAAAGAGGCGAAUCCGUCAAAAGUCACGGGAUCUUUUCUGUGUAAAGAAAAAAAAGUACAACUCCAGUACCAGUUGUACGAGGAAAACGAAAUCAUUUGGAAUCUAUUUGAAGAUACCACCAGCGACGACGACAAUGGAGACGAGACUGGCAUCAAUAUCAGCGAUGGUGACGAUCGCACACGCCAACAUCUACCAGUUAUAACCGGGCAGAAUGGCUGUGUAGGUACAAAUUGAUACGACAGGGAACAAACUGAGAACAAUUAGUGAAGAUGUUGUACUCCUACUCGCCGUUGUGCGUAAUUAGCUUUUAGUACCGAUCGAAGGAAUUCUCAUUCUGAACCUUAAAAACAAUAUCUAUUCAUUUCCACCUUCCACAGCAGUAGCAGAAACGAUGGGACGAUUGCAGCACGACCCUGUUUCAGCGCUCUCCGAUACGUCGGCUGCCUCGCAGGACCAGGAGCUUGCCACCACAGGACGAGCGGCUGGUACACCUAUCUCUAUGGCAUCUUCAACUUCUACCUGUGCAACGUCAGGCUCGAUGGGAAGAAGUCCACUGGCUUCCACCACACCGUUCUUCUCGACUCCUACAAGUGCAGGCGAGGAUCUUCAUCUUGAUGAGGAUCACCACGAUAAUUCUACUACUGCUGGAAUUGGAGCAGAAAAAAACAAGAACAACUCCUGCCGGGGCGCAGCAAGUACGCAGGAUGAUGGCUGCAUCAAGAAAGUGACAACUUGUAGCUCAAGUCGCAAAGGUUGUAUCAGCUUUCACUUCCCAGCUAGCGGCAAGACGCUGGAGCUGCUCAACAACGACGAGCGCGACACGAUCGCGACCAAGAUUUGGCGGUCGGCUUAUAUGACGGCGUACUUGAUAUCCACCGGUUUUCUGGACGUCAGAGGCAAAGUGGUCAUGGAAAUCGGCUGCGGGUGCGGCCUCGCCGGGCUGGCCGCGGGGGCUCACGGUGCAAGCAAGGUGAUGUUUCUGGAUUGCGACGACCGGGCCUUGGCGAAAUUGGCGGCGCAAGUGGCCUUCUUGGACGAGGAACCGGAGAUGGACCAGGAACAAGAUGAAGCAGAGCGCAGAUCCCGUGCUGGUCGUGGCACUAACUGUUGUAUAUCAGCGGCUCCUCGGUAAAUCACACUGUUGCAGGCGUGGCCGUCGUGUUUAUUAUCAUCUUCAAAAAAAGUUGUGCCAGUGCCUCUCUAGGCAGUUACACCAGCGAUCCACAUCAACGCCGUUAGGAUGUUGGACAUGUACUUAUCGUUAUCGGUAAGUAAAACUUUUGUAAAUGGUGCACAAUUAUACAAAAUUGGCGACCACUUAUUGCAACAGUGCGAUCCCGCGAGUGUAUUUCCCGUUGAUAGAAAAACUGCGACUUCGAGUUUUACCACCACCUCUGGGAAGACGAUGUCGUGCAAGAUGAAGAGCACGAGGUGCAAAGAACGCAGCAGCGACAUUGGUCCAACGCGUACCGCUUGGAAACGCGGUUUGCGGACGCGUCAGGACGAACCACAGAUGAGUCAGAGUCGAUCUCUAGUACUACAAGAACAAUUUCGUCCCCAGACGUCGUGAUUGCGUCCGACUGUCUAUAUUUCCCGUCCCAAGAGGAGCCGCUUGCCGCCGUGCUGAAGAAACGGCUGACCAAACCGGGCGGCAUUGCCUUCCUGCUCGUGCAGGAGCGCAGCAAUGGCGGGUUUCAGGUGCAGAGGCUGAAGCAGCUGCUGACCAGCCCGGUCGUGCAGCGGCCGUCCUCUGGUGCAGACCCGACCAAGCUACAGCACAAGAAUACGACCACGGCUGCGAUCAGGAGCGACGAAGACCAGUGCUGUUUCGAGAUCCUCGAGCACACGACUUGGAAGGAGUUGAUUGCAAAGAACAAACAUCAGGAAGAUCCGCUUACGAGCCUGGGUCCUCAAGCCAAUGUCCAUCUUCUCGCAGCGACCGGGCACGAGGUCGAGUCGCAUAUUCUCAAAGUUUUGAGAAAGUAAAGUAAAACACUACACAAUUAGAUCGCUCGAGCCUUAGCAACUCCUGCGUGUUGUGCCACUACCGUAUUGAUCAAAUAGAAAAAUUUGGAUUUUUACUUUAGUUUUAGUUUUGCAGUCUCGUCGUGCGUUAGUGACUCUGACAUUGUUCUCCUCUUCAUACGUCAGAAUUAAUUUCAAUUUUAUCCGAAUGAAGCUGUCUUUGUGUUUCACUCAAGCAGGGGUUCCAAGAUAAUUUUAUCAUGUAGAAGUAGAUUUGUAGGCUCUCUCUACUUUUCGUCCUCUCAC